AUGUCGAUAAAUCUUUCUCAGCAACAUCUUCUCGACUAUAGUGAAUUCGCAUACGGCGACGAAACAUACUAUAAUGAAAGUUAUUUACCAUUCGUAGAAUUUCAAAUGACAAACCAACAAAAAAUUUGCUCGUUAUUAACAACGACCAAAGAACACUUUUCUAUUACCAAUACGACAACCACAGCGGCAACUGAUGAUAAUGACAUGACAAACAAGGAAGAAGCACCAUCACGAAUAAUAUUAUCGCUGGUUAAUUACGUAGCAAAUGAGUUCGACCAAGAUUUAAACCAUAGAUCUUGCGAAUCGCCUGGACUAUUAUCUUCUUCUUCGACGACUUCUCCAUAUUCAGAUCCCCAGACGCCAGUGAAUCAAAGUAUUGCAGAACGAAGAAAUAGACUUGAUCCUAAAGAUAACCGCCUUUCUUCUUCUACAACCACGACUGCAUCAAUAACGACCGAUAUCAAAACAACAACAUCAAUACAAACAGAUACAACGAACACAGACACUGUUUCAGUACUAUUUCGUGAUUCGGAUAAUUACGGUGGAGCGUUGUUAAAUGAUGAUAUCGGAUUAUUUGAAGAUAGCAAAAAAGAUUCAAAAUCAUCGUCAAAAAAAACAAGCCCAACAAAUUUAUCUAUACAAAGUGUUGAUUCUCAAAAAGGAUUUUUCAAGAUGAUAUUUCGUAGUGGAAAAUCACCCUUAUCGCAAAACACUUGUGAGAAUAAAAAUGAUCAACGAACUUUAACUAUUCCACUCAAUAAUAAUAGAAUGAUGAAGUCGCCGGAGACGACAACAGAAUUAACACCGCAACAGCAAUAUCAACUUAACAUGCGACGACAUUUAGAGCAGGCGUUGUACGUGGCUCGAAAAAAGUCGGUUGCUGCUGCUUUUCGACGUGAAGUUUGUCCUGUAUAA